UAGAAUGAAUAAUUUCUGUAUUUUUUGAAUAAAUUUUGUAAAAGUUAAUACAAACUACUUAUAAUAUAAUCUCUAUUCUAAAAUAUGGAAACAAUUUGCUAAAAGAAUCUCACUCAAUAAUAUACAAUAAAUACCUCCUAAAUCUCUUCUAUAUACACGGGAUUUCUACAUAAGCUAUUUUAAAAUAAAUUUUAUUACAAUAAUAUUAAAAUCAGGAAAAAACUCGGGUAUGACAAGUGAAACGUUCGUGGUGCAAUGCAAUCCACACGUUCCCCUGAGCCACCCGCCACUCGCUCGGACAAAAAUUCUCCGUUUCUAUCUUCCUCAGGAAGAAAAGCCAUUCAAAUCUCAAAGAACAAUCCAGAAAGAAACUCGAUCUUCUCCACUGCCAUUUUCCUCUUUUAUAAAGCAGCAAUUUUCAGUGAAUUUCACAGACAAAUUUGUACUUUCCGUCACUGAUCUUUGCCCAUCCGCAAGCUCUCAUCUCGCAGAUUCACCAACUUCCCUGAAUCAAAUCCCCGCUUCCAAUCACAUUUUCCCAAUAUGGGAAUGGUUUUUGGGAAAAUCUCCGUGGAAACUCCCAAAUUCGAAGUCCUUCAAUCUUCCGACGAGUACGAAAUUCGGAAAUACCCGCCGUCAGUAAUCGCCGAAUUCACGUACGAUCCGUCGCUAUUCAAGGGAAACAGAGACGGCGGCUUCACCGCUCUGGCCAAUUACAUCGGCGCAAUCGGCGAGCCGCAGAACACGAAGCGCGAAAAGAUCGCCAUGACGGCGCCCGUAAUGACCACGGCGCCAGCGAAGUCGCCGGAGAAGAUUGCGAUGACGGCCCCAGUAGUGACGAAGGAGGAGAAGGGGUUGGUGACGAUGCAGUUCCUGCUGCCGGCAAAGUACGCGACGGCGGCGGAAGCGCCGGCGCCGGCGGACGAGAGGGUGAAGAUAAGAGAGGAGGGGGAGAGGAAGUAUGGGGUGGUGAGGUUUGGGGGAGUGGCGACGGAGGGGGCGGUGGGGGAGAAGGUGGAGAGGCUGAAGAAGGGGUUGGAGAGAGAUGGGCACAGGGUGAUGGGGGACUUCUCGCUGGCUCGGUACAACCCUCCUUGGACUUUGCCUGCUUUCAGGACUAAUGAGGUUAUGAUCCCUAUAGAGUGAGCCUCAGCUCUUUCUUUUGCUCUCAUGAGACAGUAAAAAUAGUGAAUUUUUUUUUCCCCUUUUUUCUUUUCCUAGCUGUGUAAUUGAGUGAGAGAUGUUAUUGUGUUAUUAUUGUUGUGUAAUAUUUAUUACUAGCUUCAAGCCUUCAAUAUUUUUUUUCCAAAUA